AUGCAGACUGCAGAAGUCGCAACAGAGCCAGUUGCUGCUGGAGAGUCGUCAUCAACCGAAUCAUCAGAUAGCAGUAGCAAGUCACAGGCUUCUGAUAAAAGCAGUAUUCCAGGGACAUUGGUUGAUCUAUCAAGUGAAUACGAUCAAUACGCAAGUAAGGCUGAGAAGCAACUGGACAAAACACCAGGAAGCAAAUCAAUUGUACAGGAAUUGAAGAAACUAACGAAAGAGGAAGAAAAGAAGAAGGCAGAAAAGAAGAAGAAAAGGAAGUGCGACCCAUCAAAGUAUCCAAAGAUUCCAAAGGGCAAGAAGGCCGUCAUACGAAUCAACUAUCGGCCAGCCUGA